AUGGAAGAACUUGGAAUGCAAGAAAGACUUGACGAGGCAAUUUACCUAAUUGAAAUUAACGAGCUUGUUAAAGACUUCCUCAGGCAGAAUGUAAAAGGCAAGCUUGUUAACGGUUGGAUAACGGGAAGGUCUACACUUCAGCUCGAGACUUCGACUGGAAUUCCAAUUCAAAUACCAGACGGGACAGCCUACGAUGGCAUAAAGGACGCCAAAAGAGAAGCUCUUGUUAAGUUCCUAAACGUCCUUGGAUAA